CGUUCUACUUCUCAUCCAUCAAACAAAUCCUCUCAAACCAGAGAAAAGAAAAAUUAAAGCAUUCUAAGAAUCUUCAAGAAAAAUGGCGGAUACACAGAUAACUCCACAACAAGUAACCAACGACGACGAACAACUGGCUCUCUUCGCCAUGCAGCUAGCCAGCGCCUCCGUUCUUCCGAUGGUUUUAAAAACGGCGUUAGACCUUGAUCUUCUCGAGAUCAUGGCCAAGAAGUCUUCUCCGAUGUCUCCGAUUGAGAUUGCUUCUCAACUUCGUAUCGAAAACCCCAACGCUCCGGUCAUGCUCGACCGUAUUCUCCGUCUUCUUUCGUCUUACUCCAUCCUCAUCUGCUCCGGCGGAUACGGUGUCGAGAGAACUUACGAGCUUGGUCCGGUUUGCAAGUAUUUGACCAAGAACGAUGACGGUGUCUCGAUUGCUGCUCUUUGUCACAUGAAUCAAGAUGAGGUUCUUAUGAAAAGCUGGUACCAUUUGAAAGAUGCAAUUCGUAAUGAUGGGAUUCCAUUUAACAAGGCUCAUGAAGAAAUGACCUCUUUCGAUUACCACGAGACGGACCAUAAGUUCAACAUGGUCUUCAACAAUGGAAUGUCUAAUCAUUCAACCAUCACCAUGAAAAAGAUUCUCGAGACCUAUAAGGGUUUUGAGGGAUUGACGUCUUUGGUUGAUGUUGGUGGUGGCAUUGGUGCUACUCUCAAAGUGAUUCUCUCUAAAUACCCUAACCUUAAGGGCAUCAACUUUGAUCUCCUUCAUGUCAUCAAAAAUGCUACUCCCCAUGAUGGUAUCCAACACGUUGAAGGAGAUAUGUUUAAAAGUGUUCCUGAAGGUGAUGCAAUUUUCAUGAAGUGGAUAUGCCACGAUUGGAGCGACAACAAAUGCGUGCAACUCUUGCAGAACUGCUACAAGGCGCUUCCAGAGAAUGGAAUAGUGAUAUUAGCAGAGUGUCUACUUCCAGAGACAAUAGACACAACAAGCCUCUUGACCAAACAAGUUUUCCAUGUCGAUUGCAUUAUGCUGGCUCACAAUCCUGGAGGUAAAGAACGGACCGAGAAAGAGUUCGAGGAAUUAGCUAAUGCAUCAGGCUUCAAAGGCAUCAAAGUAGUUUGCAACGCUUUCGGGGUUUACAUUAUCGAGUUGCUCAAGAAGAUCGACUAAAGUGUUUAAUUAUGGUUUACUAGCUAAGAGACUCAUGUAGAGUUUCAUUUAUCUGACUAAUUAAUAUAACUAUCUUAUUUGUGUGGAAACUAAUUAUGUGUUUGAAGAAAAAUAAAAUAAAGUUUGAAUCGAAGUCAA